AUGAGAGGCAACGUGCGCUUAAAAGCGGUGUGGAGCAUUGUGGUUUACUGCACGGAACGAUCCACAUCAGCACAACAGUAUAGAAAAUGGGAGAAUGCAUGGAUGGAUGGACUUAAGCUAACUCUGUUUACAGGCUCAGAUGGAGAAAGCCACUGGCUCAAACACUUUCCAUACUGUUCUGGACCUAUGCAGUCACCAGUUGACUUCAAGACAGACAAACUUAUCUUUGACUCAUCUUUACGCCCAAUUGUGCUUGAGAACUACGAUCUUACAGGUCAACGCGCUCUUACGCUGAAAAAUAAUGGACAUACAGUCCAAGUCUUACUUCCCUCGGGUAUGACCGUCUCCGGCCUUCCUCAACGCUACACUGCAACUCAGCUUCACAUCCACUGGGGCUCCAAAACUAAUCCCCUUGGUUCGGAGCACACGGUCAACGGUAAACAGUAUGCUGCUGAGCUGCACAUUGUACACUACAAUUCAGCAAGAUACACCAAUGUUUCCAUGGCUUUUGACAAAUCUGACGGUUUGGCUGCACUGGCUGUUUUAAUUGAGAUUGGGGCCCAUAAUCCAAGUUUUGAAAAGAUUUUACCUUAUUUCAGUCAAGUUAAAUACAAGUCAAACAGCCAUAAAAUUCCAGCAUUUGACAUCAGGCAGAUGAUGCCUCAGCGUUUGGAUGAGUAUUUCCGCUACGACGGCUCUCUCACAUCGCCGCCUUGCUAUCAAAGCGUCACGUGGACGGUGUUCAAGAAUCCUGUCAGCAUCUCUCAGGCUCAGUAUAACAUCUUGACGACAACUGUGUUUGCCAACAAAGCUGGUAAAACACCCAACGUGCCUCUUGUUAAUAUCUUUAGGAAAACACUCCCAAUUGACAACCGUAUUGUCCUGGUGUCCUUUAAGCACGGAGUGACUACCCACAAGUCAGUCACAUGCACCCUCAAGAGGAAGGCAAUCAUUCGCCAACUGUUGGGCGGCGAAGUGGAGGAGAUCAUCGAAAGUGGACUCUUGCCCCUAAGCGUCAGCAAGUCACUCUACAAGGGCUACGCUCAAGCUGAAUUGAAAGCACACAACACGGGAUUUACGUCGGCACUUGAGAAGGCAUCUAAACGGCUGGCCAUGUUAAAGGACAUCGCUCAGCCGACAUUGGCCUUUGGUUCGUUGCUCCAGCAGAAGUCGCUUGAAAUCCAACAAUCAACCAACCCUAAGAGUCUUUCCGUUUCUCUCGCUGAAGCCGUUCUCCCGAAACUCAACCUCAAGAGCUUCCUGUCCUGUAAGUCGGACAUCGCUCUGGCCACCGUCAAGUAUCUCCUUAGCGGUCGGCCUUUGAGGGGCAAAGAUGAGGAUUUCUUCCUCCUUGACCCUUACCUUGAUAGUUAUACAAUGCAUACUUGGCUUUUGAAAAGGGAGUGGGAGGAUUAG